CCCGCCCGCCGCCCCCAUCGCCCGUCCAAUCGAACCGCUCUGUGGCGGUGGUGUUCUGGUCAGCCGGCGAUGGCGACGCCGACGCCGAUGGGGGCGGUGCGGGUGGAGAGGGUGCGGGGGAGGUCGGCGCUGACCCGCUGCUUCGCCAGGUACCCGCUCAAGCUCAUCGCCCCGUCCAGGGUGGGCCCCUCCUCCUGUGACGCCGUCUGGCUCUACGCCCUCACCUACGGCGGCGGCAUCGUCUCCGGGGACACCGUGUCGUGCACGGUCAGCGUCGGCGACGGCUGUACGGCGGCGAUCACCACGCAGGCCUCGACCAAGGUGUACAAGGCUGUGGGUUCAAAAUGUUCUGAACAGUUGCUAGAGGCCAGAGUUGGGGAAGACGCCCUGCUGGCUGUUAUUCCAGACCCUGUAACCUGCUUCUCAACCGCUCGGUACCACCAAAAGCAAGUUUUCCAUGUUUCUGUCAAUUCAAACCUGGUACUUGUAGAUUGGUUUACAAGUGGCCGAUACGAGAGCGGAGAAAGAUGGGAUUUUAGCUUCUACAAAAGUGUCAACCAUAUUUUCUUGGGAGACCAGCCACUCUUUAUUGACUCGACUUUGUUGGAACAAAGCUCGAGUUAUAGCAUUGCUGAACGGAUGCGGGAGUACAAUGUGGUUGCGAUGGUUGUGUUACUGGGGCCAAAGCUGAGGGACAUCCAAGACAAGAUGCAAGACGAAGUGAGGAAGCUAAUGUCGGGGCAGCUGCGCCCUCCCACUGCCGGCGGAAGCCUCUACACUACGAGAUCACAGCGUCCCCGAAGGCCACCACUCGUGGCCUCUUGCAGCCCGUUCGGCCGCACGGGAACAGGCAUGGUUGCUCGGGUAGCCGCGGUGAGCACGGAGCUGGCGUACAUCUUCCUGAGGCACCAUCUGGCCGCGCUGGAGCCAUUCCUUGGCGCUCCCCCCUACGCGGCGUCAUGAAGCUGGCGGACAGACUGAGGGAAGCGCUGGUGAACGCUGGUGCUGAAAGAGGGAUCCUUGGUCCCUCGAGUUUGCAUUGGGGGGGGGGGGGGGGGGGGGGGGGGGGGGAGUGAAAAGCUGCAAAAUGGUUGGGUGUAGUCAGCUGGCCAUUCGAUGAAAGAAUUUUGAGGGUGAUUGGAGUUUCUGGUUUUGGUUGGCUAAAUUCCACGGUUGGAGUGAACGUGUUGCAAUUCGUUGGGUGGUAUAGUGUUGCCUCGACCUGACAGUGACAGUGUGAAGCAGACGCGUUUCAUUUGCCACACUAUGAUGGUAAUAAAAUAAUAAUAAUAACAACAGUGCCUUUUGAGUC